AUGUGGCAUGGGUCAGCUGGGGCUGGGCUGCUGCUGCGGUGGCUGUGGGCGCGUGGCUGCGUGGGGCCGGCCUUGCAGUGGGGAGAGCGGGUAGCGGGCGGCGGCGCCCAGGCCUGCAGUUCCACGCCCUCCCCCCCAAAUGGCCUCGAGGGCCCGGCGCGCCGGCGCUCCUACUGGCGCUACGUGCGACGUCUGGUGCAGGGAGCGCUGGAGCCGCCGUACCCGCGCGUGUGCCAGGUCGGGGACCCGGCGCUGCGGGCCGUGGCGGCCCCGGUAGAGCCGGCACAGCUGGCGGGACCCGAGCUGCAGCGGCUGGUGCAGGUGAUGCGGCGGCGCCACUGCGUCGGCUUGAGUGCGCCGCAGCUCGGAGUGCCGCUGCAGGGGCUGGGGGUCGAGUUUCUCGAGGCGCUCUUCCGCGCAUGCGCGCCGCGCGUGCGCGUGCCCGAGGCCCGUCAGAUACAAACCUUCCCCCUGCGCGUGUUCGUGAACCCCAGCCCGCGUGUGCUGGACAGCCGCCUGGUCACCUUCCCCGAGGGCUGCGAGAGCAUCAGCGGCUUCCUGGCCUGCGUGCCCGGCUUCCAGGCGGUGCAGAUCUCAGGGAUGGACCCCGGAAGAGAGCAGGUGGUGUGGCAGGCCAGUGGGUGGGCAGCCCGCAUCAUCCAGCAUGAGAUGGACCACUUGCAGGGCUGCCUGUUCAUUGACAAAAUGGACAGCAAGACAUUUACAAACAUCCACUGGAUGGAGGUGAAUGACUAAAGCUUUCCUGCUGCAUCUGAGGACCCUGAAAACCAAGACACAAACAUUUCGGCUUUAAGCUGGGCAUGUCUUACCUGGCAUCGACUUGGUAUUGGUUCUGCUCCGACAGAAAACAAUGGCCUGUCAAAGCGUGCCUUCCUGAGUUGGAGGAAGAUGUUAAUGUUUGCCCUGAAAUGAGCUAUGGACAAUGUAUUGCCUUCAACUUGAGAAGAAAAAUAACUCCCCUGAAGGAGUGGACAUUUCCUGGCAAUUUUGUAUGGAGAUAAAGACGGGG